CACCUCCCUACGUAUCUACCGACCUCUGUACAAGAAGUAGUGGACGAUACCAUUGUUCUUUCCAGCUCCCCUUACUGUUUGACUAACAUGGACGGAUCCCCAGAUUUUAACAACGAUGGCACAGUCCUGGGUGGGACGAAGGGUACUGGCAUUACGGAUACCCCCAAGGGCGAAACAACGUCACCUAAUCCACCGUCGUCCUUGUCCAUGGCGCGGGAUACUCCCGUGCUCCGGCAGGUUUCCAAUAUCUCUCUACCCAAAACUAAAUCCGGAAUUUUGGGCACUUCCAGCAAUUUGAUGAAUUCCAUCGUAGGCGCCGGCAUUAUCGGUAUCCCCUACGCUAUCCGCCAAGCCGGAUUCAUCGUGGGGCUCUUGCUUCUCCUCCUGGUGGCCUACUUGACCGACAAGAGUCUGCGCGUCAUUAUUGAGCUCGCAUCUUUUCACCCCAAACUCAAAGAUCUCGGCGUCCUCACCUACGAAGACCUCAUGACGAUACCCUUUGGACGAGCCGGAAACUACUUUGUACUCGUCAACAUGUUCAUUCUCGCCUACGGAGCCAUGGUUGCCUACCUACUCAUCAUUAAAGAUACCGUGCCGGUAGUUCUGCGACUGGAAGUCCCGGAAAAUCAGGACACAAACACAGACGGUGACUUUUGGGAACGUGAAUUUGUCAUGCUUAUCACUAGCUUGGUCAUUGUCGUGCCGCUCAGUAUGAUGCGCGACAUGGCCAGUCUCGCCUUUACCUCCCUGCUCUCCGUCACGGCCGACGUGGUACUGGUGGGAUUCGUCAUUGCAUUCUCUCCCGUCAAAUCCAGUGUGAGCGACGCCGGCGGUUUCGGGCAAAUCCUGGCCGACAACUGGAUCAACAGUAAACUCUUUAUUGGUCUCGGUGUGCUCAGUACAGCCAUGGCUUGCCAACAUUCCGCCUUUAUCGUCAGCGGCAGUCUCGAAAACAAAACCGCCGCACGCUGGGCCGCCGUUACCUUCCGAUCCAUAACGACGUCCGUCGUCUUGUGUAUUCUGCUCGGCGUCGCCGGCUACUUGGGAUUUUUGGACGAAACUCGCGGCGACAUUCUCAACAAUUUUGACGCCGACAGUGUACCCGCCAACGCUGGACGAGGUCUCCUCGCCGUCACCAUGUUCUUUACCUACCCCAUGGAAUGCUUCGUGGCCCGCCACGUACUCGUCAAGUUGCUUUACAACGGUGAUAUGGAUGCCGAAACGGUGGGACCAGACGGACAAGUCGUUCCGGAACAUAAGUGGCUCUUUGGUCUCUUGGGACGUCGGGAACGCUUAACGUUGGUGAUCUACAUAGCAACGCUUAUUCCAGCAUUGUUUUUAAACGAUCUGGGUCCAGUUUUGUCACUGACGGGAUCCCUCGGCGCUUCCUGUAUUGCCUACAUGGGACCGGGAUUGGUGUAUUUUGGAAUCAACGGCGACGCCUUUUUGGCCUACACGAGGGAGCUUUUGGCACCCCACGGUAGCAGUACUAGUACUGAUCCGCAAGGAGAAAUUGAACUUCCCGUCGUGGGCGAUCCCACCGCGACGAUGGAACAGGCUACCGGCAACGACCACGCCUCAACAUCCAGAACGGGUAAACCUUGGUGGUGGUGGGUAUACGGUUUCCCUCUAUGGACCGCCAUUGCCUCGAGGGGGGCGAGGGGUACCAAGGAGUUUCUGGCCGCACUCGAGCUGGAAACUGGAGAACCCUUGCGGGGGCCGUCCGAGGAUUCCGACGAAGUCAUUGGCGCGCACAAGAGCGACUACUACAUGAGCAUGUUCUUCGUCGCCUUUGGGUUGGUCGCCGCCGUGGUCGGCGUUGCGAGCAAUAUUUAUGUCCAAGUGAACAACGUAUUCUUCACACCGACAUAAGGAACCCUGCCGUGCGGCGCAGGAGGGACCAAAAUCCCGCCAGUAUAAGCUAUUAGUAUCCUACAAUUGUGUCUGG